UAUGCGCGCGCCCCCGUCCGGGAGUGACAUCAGCUGCCAGAGCCUGUCUCAAACGUUGUGACGUGUGUUGUGGAAAGGGCCGAGCAGGGGCAAGCAAGCUUUUUAACUCUGCUAAACAACCACCGCGGGUGAUCGACGUCUCUGCGGCAGACACGAAGGACGUCACGGACAGGGAGGGAGUUCCGAGGAACCGACGAGAGACUCGAUCAACCCCGGACCAGCGCCUUUUCUUCCCUCGGGGAGGGGGGCGCUGAGUGAGGGUUAGCGAGGGAGGACUUCACCAUGGAGGACAUCAACUCGAAUAUUAACGCCGACUUGGAGGUGAGGAAGCUCCAGGAUUUGGUCAAGCAGCUCGAGAAGCAGAACGAGCAGCUCCGGGGUCGCUCCAUGAUGAUGUCGGCCCACCACAGACCUCACAGCGCCGGCUAUGAUCCCUUAUCGUCGUCAUCGGCGCUGCUAUCGGGGGGCGACGGCUUCGCUCCCGGGGUGGGGUUCGGCUACGGCGACCUGUUGGAGAACCGCCGCUGCCGAAGCCCACGGCUCUCCUACGACGGCGUCAGCUUCACGAGGCCGUACGAAAGCGAAGGCGCCUCUGCGGCCACCUCCGGGUCGGCACGGAACUCGCGGUGCUUGGACGACGAUUGCGAAACGUCCAUUCUGGACCAGGUGGACGUUUUGGACUUGGAGGACAUGGACUGUCUCCACGAAGACGACGACAGCUGGCUGUACGAAGCCAAGCUCGACAGUCCCUUGCAGAAGGCGCUGAGCCCCGUCGUGUGGUGCCGCCAGGCUCUGGACAACCCGAGUCCGGACAUGGAGCUGGCCAAGCGCUCGCUCAUCCACAGGUUGGACCUCACCAUGUCGGCUAACAGGCGUCGCAGCCUCUACGGAAGCUGCUACAACCAGCAGGGGAGCUACGGGAGUCAGUACAGCCCCAACGCCGCCAACAGUCCCUACAGCAGCGGCUUCAACUCGCCCUGCUCCACGCCCAGCAAGGUGCCCGUCGUCAGGCAGCAGCUGAUGCCCGUCAAUGCAGUGCAGCAGCGUAACACGACGGCGGCGGCAGAAAGAAACCCGCCGGCCGUCAGCCCCCAGUCGUCGGUGGACAGCGAGCUGAGCACCUCCGAGAUGGACGAAGACUCGGUGGGCUCUUCCACGACCUACAAGCUCAACAACGUCAACGACGUCCAGAUUCUGGCGCGCAUGCAGGAAGAGAGUCUGAGGCAGGACUACGCCGCCUCGGCCUCCCGCCGCAGCUCGGGCUCGUCCUGCCACUCGCUGCGGCGCGGCACCUUCAGCGACCAGGAGCUGGACGCGCACAGCCUGGAGGACGAGGAGGAGGCGGCGCACCCGGCCUUUCACCUGCCCGCCAGCCGUUUCAGCCCUUCGCCCCGCCACUCGCCGCGAGCCUCUCCGCGCAACUCGCCGCGCUCGCGCUCCCCGGCCCGUUCCGUGGACUACGGCCGCGGCUCGCCUCAGCCCGCUAUCAGCCGCCUGCAGCAGCCACGCCACUCGCUGCAGGGCCACGACACGCAGACAAACGUGGUCAAGAACGAAGAAAAACUGCGUCGUAGUCUCCCCAAUCUCACACGUUCCAAUGCGGCGCCCCCACAAGGCCCGGAGCCCGUCAAGAACAGUCGAAGCUGCGAGUCCAAUCUGCAGCUGCCAAAUGGCGGCUCGCCCAGACACCACAGCCAAUCGGCUCCAGCGCCUCAGCUCCCGAGACACUCCACCCCCAAAACCAAACAGCAACUCCAAAGCCCAACGGCCCGGCGAGUCCCGCUCUCCUGUUGCUUUGGCGACGAAGGUGACUUCAUUCCGCCGAGCAGCAAGCUGCGGACGCCGGCCGCACCCUCACCCCUGGCCUUGAGGCAACCCGUCAAGGCCAUCGCCAACCCCGCCGGCUCUACCGCCACGCCCGGCCGCUCCCUGAUUCCGCCCCGCAGCGGCCUGCCUCGUCCCAGCACCCCAGCAGGUGGCGCCGGAGGAGGCGGCGGCGGGAUCCCCCUGCCUCGAAGCAAACUAGCACAGCCUGUGCGCAGAAGUCUACCGGCCCCUCGUGUCUACGGCGGCACCAGAGACAACCUGAGAGAAAGCUACUAGCUGCUUGCCCAGCAGAGGGCGCUCUACUCAAACUGUCAAUCAUUUGAGUCAGAUGGACCACCGCAUGGCACUUUAUCUACCUUGGUGACUCUUAACGGUCACAAUGUCCCAGGAACAUUUCAAAGAAACAAAGAAGAUGUAUACGCAAUUCAGAUGAGGAGAACGCCAAAGAUCAAACUCGGCUGUCAGUCCUUCAUGUGGAAACCCGACAAGCAACCUGACCUCUGCAAUGGCACUAAUGUGUGGCCAGCUAAAUUAAAAAAAAAUGUCCUCGUAUUAAAAAGAAGUUAAAGCACCUAGAGAGAAUGCACAAGUUGACAAAUGAAAAAGAUUUGAAGGGAUCCUCCCUUGUUCCUAUUCGAGACGCCAUUCUUGUCAUUAAUGAUGACACCAGCUCAGACUUCAUAUGCUGCAUUCAAGAAAACUGGGGACUCUGAAACUCCUGAGUGCUCUUCGACAUACAAAGAUCAGAAAAGUCUACUCUCAAGUGUACUUUGAUGACAAUUACUACUUUCCUUUUAGCCAGCACUUUGGCCACAUUUGAUGGUAGUACAGAAAGAGCACAAAAAAAAGGAAUAUGCACCCACACAACGGAGGAUCCUUUUAAAAAAUGCCACACGUCCAUAUCAGUAUUGUUUUGAUUUUUGACUAUGUUUUUUAAUGUACGUUUGAACCUCAAUUUGCAAUGCUAACGCUCCAAAGCAUUUUUACGUUUCCAAAGGCUCAUUUAUAGAUUAUUAUUAUUUCUUAAUCAUUAAGGGCUUUGAUUGUUUUGGAUUCAGUUUAGCUGUGAAGCUAAUCCGACAAUGAAUUGACAAUUGGGAACUCUGGCAACCACAAUAGCCUUGAUUGUUUUGCUAACGAUGGCAAAUUUGCUAAAGUCGGCGCAAAAAAACGUGAGGUAGCUUUUUGUUAGCUAGUGCCAAUUUUGGACUUGCUUCCAUUUUUUGCCAAUGAACAUAAAAGGGGACAAUCCAUGCAUUGAUUUUGUUUUGAUGGCUUUCUCAUUAGCAACAGCUAAAACAAGUGUGCCGUAAUUCUUGAGCUUAAAGCUUGUCACAGUUGUCUGAAGACACCUGGGAAUGGUUUCGAAUUGUAAAAAAGAAAUACAUUAGAGAAUUUCAAUUCAAAAGCCCACAGUAAUUCUCCAUGCUCAACAAAAAAAAUAAACAGAGGGGGGGGAAGAAAGUUACCAGAUUGAUUAUAUUUGUGUGCCAGUGUUGGUACUUGUUGGUGUGGUGGCUCGUUUAUAAACUAGUGCCUCUGAUUUGAAAGUGUCUUUUUGUUUUAAUUUUGGUGCCAAUUUAUGGUUUUGCAAAGCUUUUAUUGAUUUGCCUGCCUGCCUAUUUUUGUAAUGGAAAUGAAUUACAUUUAUUAUGAUUGCUUUGAGGAAGAAGGAAAAAGGUUUGACUACACGCCUUCAUAUUUAUAUCUAAUGUGUAAAUUAAAAGUUAUUUAUUACAAAGAGAGAAGAGGUGCCUCAGACAGGAAAGUGAGAAGCUUGACAGAAUGUUGCUAAAAAAAAAA